UGGUCACACCAUUCUAAUUUGAAAAAAAACAAAAAAGACCAACCACCAGCCGUUCCCUGCUCGGCCGUAGCCGAAAGAGACGUGGUGACCUCAUCGAAGGGGAAAGCACUUCCGUGUAGGCGAAGCUUAAACCGUCACCCUCCCGGACAUCGGUUAGCGGGUCCGCGCUCCUUUCCCACACGGCGUGACCUCGAAGGCGAGACCGCGCGAUAUAAAGCCACGGCUGCCGGGGCAGAGGCAGGUAAUGCGUCACGGCCUGGACGGCUGAGAUACUGUCGGCGUCUGGGAUCCGAUGGGGAACUCGCUGGGGUGCUCGGCCUCUGGCGAGCGGCUGGUCUCGGCGGCCAGGGACGACGAUCUGGUGGAGGCCCGGAUGCUGCUGGAGUUUAACCCCUGCCUCGCCAAGUCCUCCACUUUUGGUGGCCUCAACUCCCCACUCCACUUCGCCGCCGCCAAGGGCCACAACGAGAUGGCGUUGAUGCAAGCUUGUCGGCAUAAGCACUGGGAGGUGGUGCAGACUCUGCUGCUCUUCGGAAGCAAUGUCACCAGAGCCGACUACCUGAGAAAGUGAUUUUACGGAACAAAAAUAUAAUUCUCUACACAUGUGUCCAGUGGAUGUAUUUUUAGAUCUCACAUUGUUUCAUAUGUACCAAAUUCUUAUAUCCUGUUUUGAUUGG